UCCAAUUUCCCCGCUUAAAUUCUGGUGGUCAUCCUCGUUUGUCUUUUGCUUUCAAUUGCUUUUCCUCCUCCUCCGCCGCCGAUCCUUUGGAUCUCUAUGACCAUGGUGGCAGCUCUGUCUCCGCUUCCGAUCUCGCACUUCCGACCGUCCUCCAGAUUCUGCACGCAAAAGAGUGUUGGUGGUCGAGGUGGAUUCAGAGUGUUGGCCGUGUUUGGGGAUGGAGAGGGCGGUGCGACGGACAAGAAGAACACAUGGGGAGAAAUUUUUGAUGUGGAGGUUCCUCGCCCCAGGGUGCAGCCAUCGAAGGGCAAAUUCUUGGAUGUAAACCAAGCUUUGGAGGUGGCCAGGAUGGACAUUCAGUAUUGUGACUGGAGGGCGCGGCAGGACGUGCUUAGCAUCAUGCUGCUUCAUGAGAAGGUGGUAGAGGUUCUUAAUCCAUUAGCGCGUGAUUUUAAGUCGAUCGGAACCAUGAAGAAAGAGUUGGCAGAGUUGCAAGAAGAUCUAGAACAGGCCCAUAGACAGGUCCAUGUAUCAGAAGCAAGGGUAGCUGCUGCUCUGGACAAGCUUGCAUACAUGGAAUCACUGGUGAGUAACAGACUCUUGCAAGAAAAGAGCUCAUGUGAUUCCAGUAUCGAGUGCAUCACACUUACUCCGAGCACUUCCUCAGCAUCUAAAGAUCCUGUCAAAAGUAAGUCAAGUAGAAGAAGUCUAAAUGUUUCUGGUCCUGUUCAACCAUACCAUUCCAGCUUGAAGAACUUCUGGUACCCAGUAGCUUUCUCAAAAGACCUCAAAGAUGAUACUAUGAUUCCCAUCGAUUGUUUCGAAGAACCUUGGGUGAUUUUUCGAGGAAAAGAUGGUAAUCCAGGCUGCGUUCGGAACACAUGUGCUCAUAGGGCAUGCCCUCUACAUCUUGGAUCUGUUAAUGAGGGCCGAAUCCAGUGCCCUUAUCAUGGGUGGGAAUACUCAACUGAUGGUAAAUGUGAGAAAAUGCCAUCGACCCGCAUGCUUAAUGUCCGAAUUCGGUCAUUGCCAUGUUUUGAGCAUGAAGGGAUGAUCUGGAUCUGGCCUGGCAGUGCGCCUCCAACAGAUACACUUCCAUCUUUGCAACCUCCUACAGGAUUUAUGAUUCACGCAGAGAUUGUCAUGGAGCUGCCUGUGGAGCAUGGCCUACUGCUGGACAAUCUUUUAGACCUUGCCCAUGCUCCUUUUACUCACACCACCACUUUUGCGAAGGGAUGGAAUGUUCCAAGCUUGGUGAAGUUUCUCACACCUGCAUCAGGCCUUAAAGGAUACUGGGAUCCUUACCCAAUUGACAUGGAAUUCCGGCCGCCCUGCAUUGUCCUCUCAACUAUCGGGAUAUCUAAACCUGGAAAACUGGAAGGAAGGAGCACCAGGCAGUGCUCAACACAUCUACACCAGCUUCACGUAUGCUUACCAUCCUCCAGACAGAAAACAAGAUUAUUAUACAGAAUGUCAUUGGAUUUUGCUCCGUUGCUUAAGCACAUACCUUUCAUGCAUAUCUUGUGGAGACACUUUGCAGAAAAGGUGUUGAAUGAGGACCUAAGGCUGGUGGUUGGCCAGCAAGAUCGCAUGAUCAAUGGAGCAAAUGUUUGGAACUCACCGGUCUCGUACGACAAGCUUGGUAUAAGAUACAGAUUAUGGAGAGAUGCACUUGAGAGAGGAGUUGAUCAUUUUCCAUUUACCAAGCAAGACAAUUAGAUGCUACUCUGCAAGCAGCACAAGUCACCUUUCAGCUCAUGUGUCAUUAUUCUUUGGGGGAUAAGCAGAUGGCGAUGGAAUCCAGUGAUCUGCUGAGCUCCUACUGUUGCAAAAAUUAACCAUGAAUUGAAGAUUUCACUAGUGAAGGCAAGGUAAGGACGAAAGGAGGAUCAUUUCUUGUGACACUAAAUUGUGCAAUAGCCAGAAGAAUCUAACAUACCUUCUCUUGCUGUAUUGAUUUCCAUGUACAGAGCCAAUUCUACUUUUGCUGCUGCAUCAUUUUUUUUCCUCCUCUUUUUUUUUUUUUUUUGAGCUUUACUGAGCUCUUGUAUGUGAAACAGAAUAAUAGUAAUAGUAAUUAUUAUUAUUUUUGAA